AUGAAAAGAUACUUGGUGAAAUUUACAAACAGUAAAUACCUAUAUGUUAACAUUUAUUUUUAAAAAUUAUUUUACCAUAAGACCUUCGCCGGGACCAAAGCAAAAUAAUUUAUCAUAAAUGACAAAAGAUUGGAAAUGCUGGUGUCGGUUGUGUGGGAGAGAAAACGGGAGUGAAAUAGACGUCUUUAUUAAAAAUGAAAACGCAACUACAAUUGCUGAAGCUAUUCAAAGUUAUUUCUCAGUUUCAAUUCUUGAUACAGAUAUUAUACCAAUAAAAAUAUGUAACGUAUGUAAUGAUAUUGUGAUAGGACUAAUAAAUUUUACUAUACGAUCUUCGAGAGUUCAACAACUUUUUAAUGAACUUCAAUUUCACCAGAAUGUAGAAAUUGUCGAUAUAAAUGAGCUGCGUAAUAAAUAUGGUUUGACAAACCAAACUAACGACUUAAAAUUCCUUAAAGGCAGCCAAAAUUUUGAAAAACAUGAUGAUAUGAUCAAGAUAAAUGAGGUUCCUGAAGGCAGCUUUUUAGACGAAAAUAUUGGUGGAUUUUUCAAAUGUGAAAAUAACAGUAAUUUUAGUGCGGAACACGAUGAUAACAGUAGUAAUUUAAGUGAAGACGAAAAACCUCUUUUGAAGUUAAAAACAAAGAAAGGAGCAUUGCACAAACAUAUAUUAAAAAGAAGAAAAAUUAAAGUUUUACCAGAGAACUUUGUUGAAAGUAAUUUAUCAGAACACAGUUCUGGAAAUGAUUCAGAAAAUAGUCUAAAUAGUAACACAUCUGAAAAAGAUAUUCUAAAUGAAUGCAAUAAUAAGAAUGAACCGGAUUCUCUUUGUGUGCCAAAAAAGAUGCGCAGAAGGAACGUUUCUCCAGUUGUCUGUGAAAUUUGCAAUAAGAGUUUUAUUAGUAUAGGUAAAUAUAAUUAUCAUAAAAGAACGAAGCAUAACACUGCAAAGAAAAACGAGUCAGUUGUUUGCAAGACUUGUGGAAAAACUUUCAAGAAACAGUCCAAAUUAGAAGAUCAUGAAAACGUACAUUUGCCACCAGAAAAACAAAAACUGUAUUCUUGCCCGCAAUGUGAUAAAAAAUUUCCAAUACAAGCUUCAAUCCAAUUGCAUAUUAAAACGGUACAUAUGCGAGAAAAAACAUUGAUUUGUGAAGAAUGUGGAAAAAUAUUUGCAACAAUUGCGGAACUUAAUUCACACAAAGUUGUUCACUCAGAUUUCACACCAUUCCAAUGUCCAAAAUGUCCGAAAACAUUUAAAAGACUGAUUUCAUUAAGAACUCAUAUUGAUUGUCACGAUGAUACUAAAUACACUUGUCCAAUAUGUGCAUGCCAACUGAAUACGAAAACUAUUUUACGCCGCCAUAUGGUUAUACAUUCAGAUGAGAAAAAAUACAAAUGUAAUUUUUGUCAAAAAGGUUUUAAAAGAACCAAAGCUUUAAAAAAUCAUUUAAUACUACAUACGGGUUUAAAACCAUAUGAAUGCCCUUUUUGUGACCAAACAUUUGCACAGGGUUCAAACUGUAGAAAACAUCAAAAAAAUUCUCAUCCAGCAGAAUUAGCAGCGAUGGAAAGUAGUGGCGAAAAAAAAGCAUGUAAAAAUGUUCCACCAUUAGAACAUUUGAAAGCUGUGAAUAAUGCAGCAAUUGUUAAUUCUAAUGAUAACAUUAUUACGAAAAUUGAAAAUGUGACUAACGAAAAUGUGACGAAGUUUUAUUUAAAUAAUUACCUUAAUUAUUGGAGGAGCUGGUGUCGUUUGUGUGCUAGAGAAAAUGGAAGUGAAAUAGACGUCUUUAUUAAAAAUGAAAAUGCGACUACAAUUGCUGAUGCUAUUCAAAAUUAUUUCUCGGUUUCGAUUCUUGAAACAGACAUCAUGCCAAUAAAAAUAUGUAACGUAUGUUAUGAUAUUGUAAUAGAACUAAUAAAUUUUACUAUACGAUCAUCGAGAGUUCAGCAACUCUUUAAUGAACUUCAAUUUCACCAAAAUGUAGAAAUUGUCGAUGUAAAUGAGCUACGUAAUAAAUAUGGUUUGACAAACCAAAAUUACGAUUUGAAAUGCCUUAAAGACAGUCAAACCUGUGAAAAACAAGAAGAUGUAAUCAAAAUAAAUGAGGUUCCUGAAGGCAGCUUUUUAGAUGAGAACAUCGGUGGAUUUUUUAAAUGUGACAACAUUAGUAAUUUUAGUGUAGAAAACGAUGAUGAUAGCAGUAAUGUAAGCAGUGAAGAUGAAAAACCUCUUUUGAAAUUAAAAAUCAAAAGAGAAGUAUUGGAUAGACAUAGAUUAAGAAGAAGAAAAAUAAAUGUUUUGCCGGAGGACUUUGUUGAAAGUAAAUUAUCAGAGCAAAGUUCCGAAAAUGAUUCGGAAGAUAGUCUAAAUAGUAGCACAUUUGAAAAAGAUACUCUAAAUGAAUGCGAUAAUGUUAAGAGUGAAACUGAUUCUGUUUGUUUGCCUAAAAAGAUGCGGAGAAGGAACGAUUCGCCAGUGGUCUGCGGAAUUUGCAGCAAAAGUUUUAAUAGUAGAGGUAAAUACAAUUAUCAUAAAAAAACCAAACAUAAUACUGCAAAAAAAAGUGAAUCAGUUGCCUGCAAAACUUGUGGAAAAACUUUUAAAAAACAGUCAAGGUUAGAAGAUCACGAAAAUAUGCACUUACCGCCGGAAAAGCGCAAAUUGUAUUCUUGCCCCCAAUGUGAUAAAAAAUUUGCAGUACAGGCGUCAAUUCAAUUGCAUAUUAAAACUGUACAUAUACGUGAAAAAACGUUUAUUUGUGAAGAGUGUGGGAAAGUUUUCGCAACAAGUGAUCAACUUAACUCCCAUAAAGUUGUUCAUUCAGAUUUUACACCAUUUCAGUGCCCAAAGUGUCCAAAAUCUUUUAAAAGACUGACUUCAUUAAGAACUCAUAUCGAUUGCCACGAAGAUACAAAAUAUAUUUGUCCAAUAUGUGGAUGCCAGCUUAAUACCAAAACUAUUUUACGCCGCCAUAUGGUUAUACAUUCAGAUGAGAAAAAAUACAAAUGUAAUUUUUGUCAAAAAGAAUUUAAGAGAACAAAAGCUUUAAAAAAUCAUUUAAUACUACAUACGGGUUUAAAACCAUAUGAAUGUCCUUUUUGUGAUCAAACAUUUGCUAACGGGUCAAAUAGCAGAAAACAUCAAAAAAAUUCUCAUCCAGCAGAAUUAGCAGCAAUGGAACGAAGUGGUGAGAAAAGAGCAUGUAAAAAUGUUCCACCAUUAGAACAUUUGAAAGCUGUAAAUAAUGCAGCUAUUAUUAAUCCUCAUGAUAGUAUUAUUACCAAAAUUGAAAAUGUUACUAAUGAAAAUGUAACGAAAUUUUGCUUAAGUACUUCAAUUGAAGCAAAUCUUGACACUGCCUCUACAUUUGAUACACAAUCUCGAAAUCAGUUAACACUUGAUUCUAAUUUAUGUGACAAUUUGAAUUUUGCUAUUCAUCCAAAAAUCGAAUUAAAAGAAAAAAAUGAUGCGCAAACCGAAAAUUGCAUUGAACCGCAAAUUUCUCCUAAAUUUUAAAAUUGCAAUUAUUUUUAUUUUAUAGAUAAUAUUAUGAUCGGUACGGAAAAUAAGAAAUUCAACUUUUGUAACAUAAAAUUUUCUUUGUAAUAUUGUAUAUUACGAAAUUAAAUGUUACAUUUGUUAUUAUUUUUGUGAAUGUAUGCAUUACUACAUUUGAGAACUUAAUUUAAAAUUGUAAAGUAUUUAUGUAAUUGAAUAGUU